UAAGCUGGGUCUCUUUGUUCAGUACUUACACCUGGUCUCGGUCAGGUGGCGGUGAAUAGAACCAGUGAGGUGCCAGCCCAGAGCCGUAGCGACGCAGCAUACCUCCAUCUGCCAACCAGCCAGACUGCUCUCACCGGGGGCAGUAAGAUGCAGAAUUACUUGGGGGCACUUGUGGCCCUGACAUUGGGCACAGUUGUCAAUUCAGCAUCGUUACUACAUGCCCUGCAUGAUGCCAACCGCUCCCAGCUAAUCUCUGAGGCCAUCGGGGUCUAUAACAGGGAAUCCGACUCUGCUUUUGUUGCCAAGCUGUAUAAGGAUGACUAUGAGUACAAGCUGGGGCCCAAUGGUCAAAAAGAAGCAAAAUUCACAGUUAAAGAAACCGUCUGUGGAAAAUCAGAGAACCGGGCACUUGCAACCUGUGAUUAUAAACCUGGAGCGCUUGAGAAGAGAUGUUCUGCGACGAUGAAUGAUGAUGAAAAUACGCUCCUCGUUGUUUGUAGCGCUGAUCCUAAUGGGAAUGAUGGAGCACCUGGAAGCGGAGACCUGGACACAUCCAGCCAUCUAGAAAAGGACUAUCCUGGUCAGCAGGAAGAUGGAGCACAUUCUGAGGAACCUUCUGUAAUCAUUACAGACGAUCCUACGGAGACAGUCAUGGAGCCGGAAGAUGAAGAUGAGAGGAGGAUUAUUGAAGAGUUCCUCAGACCAGUGAUGGGAAUAGAGAAGAGCGGUGACACCAGAAAGAAGACGUUUCUCCCUGGGCAGAUCCGUGCGAGGUUUCUCUGUCUUGAGUGACGAACAGUCCCAGGGCGACCAGGAAGAGAAAUACUCAGGACAGAAAACCGCCAUGAGACAUCACAGUGUCCAGACAUUCAACAGCGGUAAAAAAGCCGUGGAAACCAACUUUCGGAGCAUCAGUAACAAGAGCUCAUUGGAAGUCCAUCAAGUGGCCUCGUGUUUAAUAUGCAUAAGCGACCUGCUUAAUCCUAACAAACAAACGGGACGGAGAUAAUCUAUUUAGAAAUCACAGUCGGGUGAUUAAAUAUUCAACUAUAAGAAAAAUAUGUAAAAUGUAAUGAUUGACUCAAAUAUAUUAGACGCCUAUAUGUUAAAAUGAGAGAUUAUUUUUGUAUAUAUGUUUGGAAGUUAGGCGGCUGUUUUAUGAAAUGGUUUUAUUAUAUUUAUUUAAGAGGCUCAAUAAAGGUCAUUGAUGAAUGAAUGAGUUACUUCCUACGUAACCUGAGAUACAGUAACAAUGAUCACUUACUAGUUGAGGCAACAAGAAACAAUGUGAAAGCUAUGCUUGGCACGGACACUUUGUCUACUUGCCCUCUUACGGGUGUAUAAUGAAUGGUAUCACUAUGGUAUUGUAGUUUCCACUCAAUGCUCUUUCACUUGUUUUCAUGCAAUCUCAAGUGUCAAUAGGA